CCCGCCGGCGGCCCGCCAUUGGCUGCCGCGGUCACGUGGCCCCGGCCCCCGCCCCCCCCCCCCCCCCCCCCCCGCGCACUGUACAUUCAUAUCAUUUUUCUUCCCCGGCCCCAUGGAGGGCGGGAGAAAGUUGGCACGGUCACCCAGGGCUGCUCCGCGGACCCGGCCGCUCCGUGACGGAUGGACAGCGCGGGCAUGAGCUCCUUCCUGGACUUCCCCGUCCUCGGCGGCGGCGGCGGCGACCCGGGGGCCUGCGCGGCGCGCGCCUACCCCGCGGACCCCGGGAUUACAACUCUGCCGUCCUGCGCCGUCAGUGCCAGCGGCUGCGGCGGCGACGACCGCUUCCUGGUGGGCAGGGGGGUGCAGAUCGGCUCGCCCCACCACCACCACCACCACCACCCCCCGCAGCCGGCCGCCUACCAGCCUCCCGGGAACCUGGGGGUGUCCUACCCGCACGCGGGCUGCGGUCCGGGCUACGGGGCGCAGAACUUGGGCGCGCCCUACAGCCCUUACACGCUGAGCCAGGACGCAGAAGUAAGUGGGGGGUACCCCUCGUGCGCCCCCGCCGUGUACUCUGGAAACCUCUCAUCUCCCAUGGUCCAACACCACCACCACCACCACCACCAGGGUUUUGCCGGGGGCGCGGUGGGAUCGCCUCAGUACAUGCACCACCACUCAUACGGACAAGAGCACCAGAGCCUGGCCCUGGCCGCCUAUAGUAACCCCCUGUCCCCUCUCCACGCCAGCCACCGCGACGCCUGCCGCUCCCCCGCGCCCGACACCUCGCCGGCGCAGACCUUUGACUGGAUGAAAGUCAAAAGGAACCCUCCCAAAACAGGAAAAGUUGGAGAGUACGGCUACGCCGGCCAAGCCAACGCGGUGCGUACCAACUUCACCACCAAGCAGCUCACGGAGCUGGAGAAGGAGUUUCACUUCAACAAGUACCUGACCCGCGCCCGCCGCGUGGAGAUCGCCGCGUCCCUGCAGCUCAACGAGACGCAGGUGAAGAUCUGGUUCCAGAACCGCCGCAUGAAGCAGAAGAAGCGAGAGAAGGAGGGCCUCCUGCCCAUCUCCCCCGCCACCCCGCCGGGCAGCGAGGAGAAGGCUGAGGAGUCCUCGGAGAAGUCCAGCUCGUCGCCCUGCGUUCCCUCCCCGGGCUCUUCUACCUCCGACACGCUGCCUACCUCCCACUGAGGCCGGCCCAGCCCCGACUCCGGGCCUGGGCUCCUUCCUCCUCCUCGGCCCGGACUUCUUACUCAAAGCACAUUCUUAGCUUAUCUUCCUUUCCAUUCGCAGUCUUUCUCUUUAUUUCUGAUCCUAUCUGGGCCGCUCCUGGGCAGGAUAAUGUGUUUACUGAGAGUUCUGGACUAGAUGUUUGAUUGGGGAGGGAGGGGUGUGUGUGUUAACUUCUUAACGCAGGUGGGGUGCCGGCACCCGUUUUCUGAGAGCCCCCCAUUUUAGGAGAGUUCCGAAGAACCUACUGUUCCUUUUAGGUGCCCUUUGGAAAAAUGCCUCCUUUGCCCGCAGAAACAUGUCAAAGGGAAGCCUCCCACCUUUUAUCUGUCUGUAUAUUUACAGAUCUCCCCUACUUGGUCCUCAGAGUGGGGUGAAGAGAAAGGAGAGAGUCCAGGAGCUCAUGAAGAAGAGAUGCACUAAUGAGCGUGUUUACACAAUGAAUUAAUUCACUUUUAAUUUAAUUCCUCCUCGUGUGUGAGUUUGCUGGUUGUAAAUACUUUGUCCCGAGAGAUUUAUCUUUAUACAGAUUUUCUAGAAAUGUUUAGAUUAAGUGAUUCAAACAGGGUGGGCAAACUCUCCAAGCUGGUACAAUUUUAUAUGCGGUGAAAGGUUACAAAAUAAAAGCCCUCACUUAAACUCAAUCAGAUGCCUCGGAGGGUAGCCUCAAUGUGUUCUUUCAGUGAGUGAAGAAGGCCUGCAGGGCACAAGGUUCAGAAUCCUUGCUGCCUGGGCUGAAGUCUCUCCCUAUCCUCAGCCCCUUUCCUGUUUCUCUGGCCACACGCUAUGUAAACUUGUGCUGGAUUAUUCGGAACCUUGAGGUAUUAGUCAAGCCAGCUUCUUCCUUCCUCAGUUAUCUUAGCUGGAUAUGAUGUAUUUUCAGCUCAGUCGUUAAUGUGAUGGAUGGCACAAUGAAUGUAUAUUUUGUGUGAUUCAUGAAUAGUCUUUUGCAUGUCGCACAAUGUGUUGAUGUCCCCGAAGUACCACACUGAGUUCUAUCAGUUAUCCCUUGUGAGCCUAUGGUGUUCCCCAUUUUCUGUACAAUCAUGAACAGCUCUGAGAUCCUGGAGUGAUGAGAUCCAGAGCAGAGUUUACGGGUCUUAAGAUGUCUGUAAUAAAUAUAUUCAACUUUCAGGUA